AUGUCACUUGCCUUAAUGGACCCUUUUCAACAUGUUAGACAGAUACAAAAAUUCAAAAGGAGGUUAGGGAUGCAUCAGGCUGGUGCAAACUGUAGUGGAAAUAUUUGGUUUUUUGUAGAGGAGAAUGUAGAUGUGGAAAUUUUAUCUGAUACUGCACAGCAGAUCACCUUGAAACUAUUUCUUCAGGAGCACAAUUUAUAUCUUAUAACAACUUUGGUCUAUGCUAAAUGUGAUGAAGUAGAAAGAAUGCCUCCUUGGGAUAGUAUUUAUCAGUUAGCUGGCUCCUAUGACAUGCCUUGGAUGGUAGGGGGAGAUUUUAAUGUAGUGAUGAAUGACCAGGAGAAAAUAGGUGGAGUCCCUAUAGUCCCUCAGGACUAUGAGGAUUUUGCCUUUUGUAUCAACUCAUGUGAUUUAUUUGAAACAGGUUUUAAAGGCAGUCCUUUUACAUGGUGGAAUAGCAGGGCUGGGGAUGAUUGUAUAUUUGAAAGAUUGAACAUAAUCUUCUUUAACUCACAGUUUCAACAAUGGUUUGGUCACAUUGAAGUGGAGCAUUUAUCCAGGACUAGAUCUGAUCAUGCCCCACUUCUUAUCACUCUGGGAUACACUUGGUUCUCUGAAGGUGAUAGAAACACCAGGUUUUUUCACAAUUUAGUAAAUGGAAGGAGAAAAAGGUUACAGGUGAAUAGAAUUCAAAUAUCUGAUGGUGAGUGGAUAGAAGAUAAAGAGCAGCUUGCAGCAGAAGAAAUUAAUUUCUUCCAACAACAAUUCUCUCAAGAGGAGGAGGCUUUAGAUUUUGGCAUACUGAAGCAUAUUCCACAGAUGGUCUCUUCUCAAAGCAAUGAUUUGCUUUGUGCACUUCCAUUCCCGGAAGAAGUAAAAAAUGUUGUUUUUGAACUUAAAAAAGAGAGUGCUUGUGGUCUUGAUGGAUUAUCAGGAACUUUAUUUCAUUCAUGUUGGGACAUUGAAGGAAAGAAUGUAUUCAGAAUGGUUCAGGCUUUCUAUGAAGGUCAUACUCUCCCAAAAUCAGUAACUCGUACUAAUUUGGUGUUGAUCCCUAAGGAAUCAGAAGUUCACACCUUUGGGGAUCUCAGACCAAUUAGCUUGAGUAACUUCAUAAACAAGGUCAUUUCAAAAGUGGUUCAUGGAGGACUGGAUAAGAUUCUACCAGGUUUGAUCUCUAGCAACCAGUCUGGUUUUGUGAAGGGAAGAAGCAUUAUUGAGAAUGUGUUGCUCACUCAAGAAAUUGUCACAGAUAUUAGAAAGAGAGGCAAACCUACAAAUGUGGUGAUUAAGUUAGAUAUGGCUAAGACAUAUGAUAGAGUGUCCUGGCUAUAUUUAACUAGGGUGCUGAAAAGAAAGGGAUUUACAGAAAUCUUUGUAGAUCAGAUAUGGAGGCUGUUGGCAAAUAACUGGUAUUUAGUUUUGUUGAAUGGCUAA